GUCUUCUUUCGUCAUUUUUCUGGACAAACAAACAAACCCUUCUUAAAUCUCAAAGCUUUUCCAGGGGGGAAAAGGCCCAGAGUUAGUGACUCCCACAUGGACAGGUUAGUGAAAGCAGAUGUGAAAGAAGUCGAAUUAGUGUUCAUUAAAGGUCAAAAGAGCUCCACAUCUUUCACUUUAACAAAUCUUAUGCACACCAUGUCCGUUGCCGUUUCUUUAUCCACGAAAACCCCAUCUUUCUUCUCUUUCAACAAGCCUUUCACCAUAAUCCCUCCCCUUUCAUCUUCAUCCUACACCAUCCUCUCCCAGCCGUCUGAUCAACCUCCUUUGACCAACCCUCCCGAUGCCAUCACCGUCAAAACCACCAUGGUUCCUCUGGGGAAAGUCAAUCACGACGAUAUCUGCCACCGGUUCUCCAAGCCCGGACCCCACAUAUUCAAGGACGCUACUUUGCCGAUCUCCUUUCUGGGUCCCCAUGUGAUCGAGCAUCUCAUUUCAAGCAAUACCCAAAUUUCAGAUACGGAUCUCUACUUGAACAGAGCAAUCUCCGGGUGUUUCGGGAAUCAAAUCACGGCGUUGCUCCAAUCCGCUGCCGUUUCAGGGAAAGCCGAUCUGGUCCGUACGUUGAUCGAUCAUGGUGGAGAUGUGAAUCAUAAGGACUCUAAUGGAAGGUCCUUGAUCUCCUUAGCUGUUGAAGCUGGGAAUCUUGAUGUUCUCAAUGUAUUGAUUUCCUCUGGUUGUGAAAUUGAUAACACGGUUGACCAUGUUUUCCACUACGCAGCGGCAAUAAACAGAGUAGAUUUGAUGGAUGCUUUGUUUCGAGCUUAUAAGAACUCGAUUUCUAUCGAUUCGGUCGAUUUUCACGCCAGAACUCCGAUCCACAUAUCUUCAAUCCACGGCUGCACCCAAGUGAUUCGAUUUUGUUUAUCAGUAGGUGCCAGCCCUGAAGCUUUGGACGUCGACAAAUGCACCCCUCUUCAUUUAGCUGCCAAUGGAGGUCAUUUAGACGCCGUGGAAUGCUUGUUAGAGGCAUCAAAUUACUCCAAAUACGCAUUAAACAAACAAGGGAAGACCGCCUUCACUCUCGCCGUCGAAAACGACCGAUCGAAUGUGUAUGGUUCAUUGCAUUUAGGGGAUGCUUUGAGCCGUGCGGCAAGGAUUGGGGACGUGAAUGGGAUAAAGAGUUGCAUAGACGAAGGGGCGAACGUGAAUGGGAAGGACCAAAAUGGGUGGACGCCUUUACAUAGGGCGGCAUUCAAAGGUAAAUUGGAGAGUGUUCGGGCUUUGCUUGGCUACGGUGGUGAGGUUAACGUUGUCGAUGAUAACGGGUACACUCCGUUGCAUUGUGCGGUGGAGGCAGGGCAUGUUCAGGUUGCGUUGUUGUUGAUCGGUCAUGGAGCGAAAGCUAAUUUGAAGAGUAUGAAAGGUACGAGUAUGGGAGUUGGUUCGAAGUCUGAUUGUUGUAAGAAUCAUUGUUGUUAUCGUGGUUGUAUUGUUCAGCCUUUGUGUAACGAGGAGAAGGAACGGGCUUGAUUGAUGAAUUUGCCU